AUGCGGCUUUUGAGGCUUCUGAACAAUAUGGCUUCCCAAGGCUGUGAGAUGAAUGUGGUUGCGUAUUGUACGGUUGUUGGUGGGUUUUAUGAGGAGGGUUUUAAGGCAGAGGCGUUUGAGGUGUUUGGGAAGAUGAUUGAGUCUGGUGUUUCUCUUUGCGUUAGUGCGUUUAACAAGGUUCUACAUGUUCUUUGCAAGAGAGGAGAUGUCAAAGAGUGUGAGAAGCUACUGGAGAAAGUUACUAUGCCGGAGAAGCUAUUCCAAGAGAUGGUUGAUCGUUGUCUUGCUCCUGAUGGUUACACACACAGACUUCUGAUUGAUGGUUUUUGA